CCGUCUUGAAGAAGUUUUGAACAGUCACCAAAAAUUCACUUCAUCUUCCACGAUUCUCACGGUAGCUAGGGUUUCUCCCGGUUUGCUUUGAGCAGACGGCGACGGCGGCGCCUAUCCAGGUAUUUUGAAUACAAUGGCUCGUACGAAGGGUAAAGGAAAGGCUGUCGAUGCUGGCACCUCACGCGUUAAAAAAACAAAAAAGGUAGUGCAAGGAUCGUCCUCUGGCCCACCCACAAAGAGACUGAAAGUGGGCGAAUCAUCCGGAGUGAAGAAUGUGGAAGAUGGUUCCGAAAGCCCAAAAGUAAAGAAGCUAAAGAGAAAGGAAUUUGCAAUUCCAAACGAGGUGAAGUGUCGUCGACGGAUUAAGAACACCGAAGAUGGUCCAGAUGCCAAAAAGAAAACAGACCACCCAAGGCUCAAGACCCGUACCACAACAUGUACAUUCUUUAAAAAAUUGACAGUUUUGAAUGAAGCACAAAAGGAUGCGGUCCGUUCUAUUGGAUUCGGGCAUAUAUUAGAGUUCAAGGUGAACAGAGUACCAUCAGAACUUGCUUAUUGGGUCUUGGACAGGUUCAACCAUAGGAGCUGCACAUUAGAGCUUGAUGUACUUACAAAAGUUGAGAUAGAGGAGGAUGAUGUGUACAGGGUCUACGGAUUUCCGAAAGGAAAUAAGCUGAUAGAGAACUUUGAAAGGACGGCUGAAAAUGAGCUCUUUAUCGAGUGGAAGAAUUUCUUCAAUGUAGCGAACAGAGACAAGAUCAAGAUAAAAGCAGUGCUACGACGUAUGGUUGACAGUGCAGAUGGCGGGACGUGGUUUAAGCGCCAUUUCGUCAUUGCAUUGUGUUUCUCGCUGAUGGAGAGUUGCACUAGUGGCACCGUACAUCCUUACAUAUUUAGUGCUCUUGCUAACAUCGAAGAAAUCAAAAGCUGGAAUUGGGGAGAGUAUCUGUUGAGGUGUUUGAUAGAUCAUAAGAAAUCGUGGAUGGCAGACAAGACAAAGGUCUUUAGUGGGCCGACUUUGUUCUUAGUGCUUUUCUACGUGGAUAGGAUACAAAUCGGUAGGCAAUCUGUGCCUAGAGGAUUCCCUAUUUUCAUGCAGUGGACAGGGAAGAUGUUGAGAGAAAGGCAGGAUAAAGAGCUGGAUGAUGAUUUCUUUGGGGGUGGUGCUGUUGUCAAGCCAAUUGAUUUGCCAAUUGAGUACAAAACCGACGUCCCAACUGAAUAUGCACAGGGUGGUGAAUACGAGGGCCCCGUAGCAACUAAAUUGAUGAACGAUGCAAUAGUAAUUGGUGAAAUGAUCCGCAUAGCACGUGAAAUGGUGCAGAAGGCUUCGGAUGAGGAGAAGAACUCACAGUAUUUCAAGGAUAGCUUGGUUGCAGCGUCAAAAAUUAUUGGUGUAACGAUUGAGUUGGGUGGGAAGUUGCGUGACAAGUUGCCUGAGGGAUUGCAACCUGAAACUGACCCGUUUUGGUAUAAGGACGAAGUUCACGCUGCUGUUGAUGCAGCCUCAGUUGAAACUUUGCCAAAUAAAACACGUGACAUGCCUGAGAAUAUUGAUAUUCCAAGUUUCUCCCUGAACGUAACACAGGAAUUCGAAAAUGCUCCUUCCAAUGUUGAUGUUAUGGGUGGUAUUGGAGCUGAAACCCAUGAAGGCAUCGGUAGCAGAGUCGACGUUGGUGCAACAGCUGAAGUGACUGAGGAUGUUACAGAAGAAAAUGAAGGAGCAAUUCCAAGGGGGUCGGGUACUGGGAUUCAGAAUGACGGAGUAAUGGACAUAACUAUCACGACGGAUAAGGAUGUGGUUGUCGAUGGAAGCGUAAAUGUUGGACAUGGAGGGAUGGAAGAUUCCCUGCUGGAUGAUGUCAAUGAACAGGAAGACAUUGCUUGUGACAUAGCCGUCGCAAACAAAUUGAAGAGUGCGGCGACUGACGAUGGUGUUUCAGCAAAGAGCGAUGAGAAUUUAAUUGCCGCGAAUAAAAAAAAUGCAAAGGAGCAAGGCAGGGAUGUUAGCGGCGUUGUUGUGGAGAAGAUAGAGGUCAGGCGUUCUAAUACGGUUCAGGGAAACUUUGGGCGUGAUGCCAACAAGAAAUUGAUGAAUGCUACAACAACAAAAUCUGGGGUUGACGGGUGUGCCAAAACAAAUUGUGUGGUGGAUCGGUUAGCAUUACAAGCCAUUGACACAAACAUUGUUAGUUCAGAUAAAACUGAUACUAAGACGCCCAAGAAGAGCAUGUUCUUGCAUACUCUCAAAUUCCGCUCGCCCUAUAUGCAACGAGAUAUAUCCACUUCAAAACCACUACAAAAAAUUGAGAAGGAGUUGGGAUAUUAUGCCAUGUAUUUGGAAAGUGGGGAGAAGAAUGAAAUUUUAUUUUCAUUCUUUGAUAUACACGUAAGGCGUUUUGAGAUGUUGUCAAUGAGAAGAGGCAAUGUGGUGAACAUUUGUAUCGUAGAUGCGUGGACACUAGUUCUGAACUGGAAGGAGCAAUAUCGUUCAGAUAAUUCACCACUACGCUUCUUCGCUACAGCCAGCCUAUAUGUUGACAGUAUAGCUCCAAGUAAUUCAACUGAAGAAUCGCAAAGAGCUUCAUUCUUCAUGUCAUUAUAUGUUGAGUUGAACGAGUUUGGCAAAAAUCCAGUUGGGAAAAUUGAUAUGUUCUUCUUUCCAGUUGUUGAACAAAACCAGUACUUUGCUUUGUGUGUGGAUUUAAAGAGGGAACGAAUCUUCGUGCUGGAUAGUCUCGUAGAUAUAUCAGAUGAUAAUGAUUUGGGAAUGUAUGAGAGCAUUUGUAUUAAAGUUCGUACACUGUUGGCGUAUUAUCUCAACUACAAAGAGGAGACCAUCAAGGCAAAAACUGUGGCUAAUUCAAAAAUACAUAUUGUCAAGUUGAAGUGGGCGGACAAGCGAAAUACAUUGGACACAGCUAUUUAUCUUAUGCGACAUUUGGAAACCUUCAUGGGGGGAUAUUUCAUCAAAUUGGAAGUGUGA